ACACCCCUUCGACUAAGUUGGUACAGUCCAUGUCCGGCGCGCGAAAGUUUCAUAACAACAAUGGCGUCCGUCGGAGCAGGCCGCCGUGGGACCAAGCGCAAAACCGAGAAUGAGGAGGAGAAGCCCACCAAGGAGGCAAAAGGGGAAGAGGCGGGUCAAAAGGUGAUCAUUGAACACUGCAAGAGCUGACGAGUGUAUGGGCGUAAUGCUGAGGGUGUUAAAUCUGCCCUGCUGGCUGCACGCCCUCAACUCACUGUGGUCCUCAACCCGGAGAAGCCUCGCCGGAACAGCUUUGAGAUCACUCUGGUUGACGGAGGCAAAGAAACAUCUCUCUGGACGGGAAUAAAGAAAGGUCCACCCCGUAAACUCAAGUUUCCUGAACCUGAUGCCGUUGCUGCUGCACUUCAGGAGGCUCUAAGCACGGAGUAGAGAAGCUAAUCGUCGAUGGCAUGAGACUUGUGGAAGCAAAAUGACGAGGAGAGACCAAACUGGAUGCUCACAGUCUCUCCUCUGAUGGACCGAGCUCCUGCACAUCCAGUCUUUGAAGGAAGGCUGACCUCUACUGGAGCACUCUGGAGAACGUACAGUACACACUCUAGUUUGGCUGGUUACUUUCUCCUAAGAUCAUUGGGAUAUUACAUGUUGUUGUGUUUAAUAAAGGUGGAAUUAGUUGUAUUGUGGUUGUUGAUUUGUUGAAUCAUACAGUAUAUAGAUCAUCCCAAGUUUACCAAAAUGAAUACAAAUGUAGUCAAAACAAAGGCUUUCAGUUGUAAUUAUAUUUUGCAGAGAAAAAUGUAAAAAAAAAAUAGCAUGUGAAAUAAGUAAUAGACAAAGUAACACCAUGAUAAUGAAAUAAAUGUCAAAUAAUCACCAGUUUAAUCACGAGUGUAAACCAAAUCACAAAU